GACCCGGGGGCGCGGACGGAGCUCGUGAGGGCGCCGGGCGCCGGGCGUCGGGCUGCGGGCUGUAAAGCGCGGUUGCGCCGCCGGGACGGCGCGGCUGGGCUGAGGAUCAAACUCAGGACCAACAUUCUACCACUGAGCUACACCCUCAGCCUGACAAAGCAUCUUUUAAAAGGGGCAAGAGACUGGAGCAUGGCCCUGAGCCACGGGAACCCUGAUUUUGUGUUUCUGAGCAAUGGCAGCGUCACGACUGGCAUUACCAGCCGGAGCACCCCGCCGCCCUGUGAGGGAGACCCCACCACCCCUCAGUGCCUACCCACAGACGCAGCGCACACCAAAGUGAGUCCCAAUGGCUGCCUGCACCGCAACGGCACUGUGAAGUCAUCCUUCCUGCCUUUAGACAACCAGAGAGUGCCCCAGAUGCUCGCCCAGCGCUGCCAUCCUUGCCCAUACCAUCACCCGUUGAGUGGCCGCCACAGCCACCCUGAGUGCCACCCCGAGGCCAGCCCAGCAGUGCCCUCUGCUUUGGCCUCAUGUUGCAUGCAGCUGCCCUCAGAGUACUCUGCAUCUCUGUGUGCAAACCAUUUGCCCGUGUACCAGGCCGCAUGCUGCCCGCAGCCCUCACCAUCCUUCUGCCUGCACCACCCCUGGCCUGACCAUUUCCAGCACCAGCAGGCACCACAGCACAUAGCUGGCCUCAGAACACCCAGACCUUUCAAGCUACCCAAAAGCUACGCGGCCCUACUAGCCGACUGGCCGGUGGUGGUCCUGGGCCUGUGCACCCUGCUCAUUGUGGUCUGCGCCCUGGUGGGCGUGUUGGUGCCGGAGCUGCCAGACUUCUCGGAUCCGCUGCUGGGUUUUGAACCAAGAGGGACAACAAUAGGCCAGAGACUGGUCACGUGGAAUAACAUGGUCAAAAACACCGGAUACAAAGCAACGCUGGCAAAUUACCCCUUUAAAUAUGCUGAUGAGCAAGCCAAAAGCCAUCGGGAUGAUCGGUGGUCAGAGGACCAUUAUGAAAGAGAAAAAAGAGAAGUGGACUGGGACUUCCACAAAGACAGCUUUUUCUGCGAUGUUCCAAGUGAACGAUACUCCAGAGUAGUGUUUACUUCGACAGGAGGGGAGACACUGUGGAAUUUACCUGCAAUUAAAUCCAUGUGCAGUGUAGAUAACUCCAGGAUCAGGUCUCACCCCCAGUUUGGUGACCUCUGCCAGAGGACCACCGCCGCCUCCUGCUGCCCCAGCUGGACGCUGGGGAACUACAUUGCCAUUCUGAACAACAGGUCGUCCUGUCAGAGCAUUGUCGAGCGAGAUGUGUCUCACACCCUGAAGCUGCUCCGCACCUGUGCCAAGCACUACCAGAACGGCACCCUGGGGCCGGACUGCUGGGACGCCGCCGCCCGCAGGAAGGACCAGCUCAAGUGCACCAGUGUGCCGCGCAAGUGCACCAAGUACAACGCCGUGUACCAGAUCCUCCACUACCUGGUGGACAAGGACUUCAUGGCCCCGAAGGUGGCCGACCACCCCGCCCCGGUGCUCAGGUACAGCAUGCUCUUCUCACCCACGGAGAAGGGGAAGAGCAUGAUGAACAUUUACCUGGACAACUUCGAAAACUGGAACUCCUCGGAUGGCAUGACGACCGUCACUGGGAUUGAGUUUGGCAUCAAACACAGCUUGUUUCAAGACUAUCUUCUGAUGGAUACUGUGUAUCCAGCCAUCGCCAUGGGGCUCGUCCUGCUGGUCAUGUGUGUCUACACCAAGUCCAUGUUUAUCACACUGAUGACCAUGUUUGCCAUCAUCAGCUCCUUGAUCGUUUCUUAUUUUCUCUACCGGGUUGUGUUCAACUUCGAGUUUUUCCCUUUCAUGAACCUCACUGCACUUAUCAUUCUGGUUGGCAUUGGGGCUGACGAUGCUUUUGUGCUCUGUGACGUGUGGGCCUAUACCAAAUGCGACAAGCCCCGUGCUGAGGCUGCGGAGACAGUGAGCGCCACUCUGCAGCACGCUGCCCUCUCCAUGUUUGUCACCAGCUUCACCACCGCCGCAGCCUUCUACGCCAACUAUGUCAGCAAGAUCACAGCCAUUAGGUGCUUUGGCGUGUACGCGGGCACCGCCAUCCUGGUGAACUACAUCCUCAUGGUCACCUGGCUCCCAGCCGUGGUGGUGCUGCACGAGCGCUACCUGCUCAACAUCUUCAGCUGCUUCCGGAAGCCCCAGCAGCAGCUGUACGACAAGAGCUGCUGGGCGGUGGCCUGCCGGACAUGCCACAGGCUGCUCCUGGCCAUCUCCGAGGCCUCCCGGAUUUUCUUUGAGAAGGUGCUGCCCUGCAUCGUCAUUAAGUUCCGCUACCUGUGGCUCUUGUGGUUCCUCGUGCUGACAGUAGGUGGUGCCUACAUCGUGUGUGUGAACCCCAAGAUGAAGCUGCCCUCCCUGGAGCUGUCUGAGUUCCAGGUGUUCCGAGCCUCGCACCCGUUCGAGCGCUACGACGCCGAGUACAAAAAGCUGUUCAUGUUUGAGCGGGUGCGCCAUGGUGAGGAGCUCCACAUGCCCAUCACUGUGGUCUGGGGCGUGUCCCCCGAGGACAAUGGCAACCCGCUGAACCCCAAGAGCAAGGGCAAACUAACACUGGACAGCAGCUUCAACAUCGCCAGCCCCGCGUCCCAGGCCUGGGUCCUGCACUUCUGCCAGAAGUUGAGGAACCAGACAUUCUUCCACCAGACGGACGAGCAGGACUUCACCAGCUGCUUCAUUGAGACUUUCAAGCAGUGGAUGGAGAACCAGGACUGCGACGAGCCAGCCCUGUACCCGUGCUGCAGCCACUGGAGCUUCCCCUACAAGCAGGAGGUCUUCGAGCUGUGCAUCAAGAGGGCCAUCAUGGAACUGGAGAGGAGCACGGGCUACCACCUGGACGGCAGGACGCCGGGGCCGCGCUUUGACGUCAACGACACCAUCCGGGCCGUGGUGCUGGAGUUCCCAAGCACCCACCUCUUCACGCUGGCCUAUGAGAAGAUGCACCAGUUCUACAGCGAGGUGGACUCAUGGAUCUCCCGGGAGCUACGCUCUGCACCUGAGGGCCUCGGUAAUGGCUGGUUUGUGAGCAACCUCGAGUUCUACGACCUCCAGGACAGCCUCUCAGACGGCACACUCAUAGCCAUGGGGCUGUCGGUGGCAGUGGCCUUCAGUGUGAUGCUGCUGACCACACGAAAUGCCAUCAUCAGUCUGUACGCCAUCAUCUCCAUCGCAGGUACCAUCUUUGUUACUGUGGGCUCCCUAGUCCUGCUGGGCUGGGAACUAAACGUCCUGGAGUCUGUCACCAUCUCCGUGGCCGUGGGGCUGUCUGUAGACUUCGCCGUCCACUAUGGGGUUGCAUACCGCCUGGCUCCAAACCCUGACCGGGAGGGCAAGGUGACCUUCUCUCUGAGCCGCAUGGGCUCAGCCAUCGCCAUGGCUGCCCUGACCACCUUUGUGGCCGGGGCCAUGAUGAUGCCAUCCACUGUGCUGGCCUACACGCAGCUGGGCACCUUCAUGAUGCUCGUCAUGUGCGUCAGCUGGGCCUUUGCCACCUUCUUCUUCCAGUGUAUGUGCCGGUGCCUCGGGCCACAGGGCUCCUGUGGGCAGAUCCCUCUGCCUCAGAAGCUCCAGUGCAGUGCCUUUUCCCAUGCGCUGUCCCCCGGGCCCAGUGACCAGGGCCCAAGCAAAGCCUGCCCCACGCAUGCAUACCUUCUAGAUCCCCGGGUCCAGAAAUCAGAAGAGGAGCGUGAGUUCUACGAGUUGGAACCGCUGGCAUCCCGCAGCUGUGUGGCCCCAGAGAAGACCAGGCAUGAGGAGACCUACCUCUGUGCUGAGCUGCUGGGCAGCCCGGUGGGGGGGUUGGGAGUGCCCCGGCAUGCAGCCUGCUCUGGGGAGCAUGGCCUGUGCUCCAGGGCUGACUCCAGUGCCACCCUGCUCCCACCCUGCCCCGAGCCACACCCCACACACCCCUUCUUCUCCCUCAACCAGCAGUGUCGUUGCCUGCACACUUACAAACUCCUCACUUGCAGCUCACACUCCUGCCGGCAGGGGGGUGACUGCUCCUGCAGCCACUGUGCCCCUGUCGCAGGUGGCUUUGCCCAGAUCCAGAAUGGGGUGGUACCUCUGCAGGCCACACACCUGGUCCCUGAGGGCUUCGUGCACCAUCUCCCACACCCGCACCCCCACCCCUGUCCCUGCCUGCAGGGCUGUGGGAAGCCACCGGGAACACACUCCUCGCCUAGGAACUGCCACCUCCACCAGGCACUGGGCUUGCAGGCCCCAGAGCACCCAGGCAAGACUGGCACAGGUGGCAUACUGGGCUCGGACACCUGGGUGGCCAGGCAGUCACCACUGGCCUGCAGGGCUGCUAGCUCUUCACGGCCAGCACACUUCGAUGCUGAGAGUAACCAAAGGGGUCUCCACGGAGACAGGGACUUGGGACUCGGGGAGGGCGGGUCCGGGAGCAGAAGCAGAGUCUCCGGUCUGCAGCAUCAGAAUGACAGUGCGGAGAGGAGAGCAGCACAGAGCUUGUCACAGGCUGGCACAGUCCCAGGCAUGACACAUGUCAAUCACAGUGAACCAGAACUUCUGCUUAACCAUCUCCUGGGGGAGGCAGCACAGCCCGGCCCUGGCUGUCUGCAGAGCUGUGGCAGAGCUGUGAGAGAGAGGCGCAGCUCCAUGGCCCAGCUGCCACGCCCCGCUGCCGCCAUGCCUGCCGGUGUGACAUACUCAGAACCGGCUGGGGAGAGCUUGUUAAUAAAAACACUCUAAUAAUUAAACACGGUUUUCACCUAGA